AUGGCCCAAAACGGAGUAACCAAUGGGUCAAAUGACUCUCAUAUCCCGUCGCAGCGCUAUCUGAGCACUCGUGGCGAGGACACUGAUUGUUCGUUUGAAGAAGUCGUUUUGCGCGGCUUAGCUACCGAUGGCGGACUCUAUAUUCCCGAGCACAUUCCACAGGCUACUGCCUGGAAAAGCUGGCAGGACUUGAGUUUCUCUUCCUUGGCCUACGAAAUCAUGUCUCUUUACAUUUCGCCAUCUGAGAUUCCCUCGGCAGACCUCAAGAACAUUGUCAAUCGAAGUUACUCGACUUUUCGCAGCAAGGAUGUUACACCGCUCGUCCAACUCGACGGCAACCACCAUCUCCUCGAACUAUUUCACGGUCCAACCUUUGCCUUCAAAGAUGUCGCGCUUCAGUUUGUUGGCAACUUGUUCGAAUACUUCUUGGUGAGAAAAAACGAGGGCAAGACUGGAAGAGACCGUCACCACCUCACUGUCGUUGGCGCCACCAGUGGUGACACCGGAUCCGCUGCCAUUUAUGGCCUGCGCGGCAAAAAAGAUGUUUCAGUAUUCAUCAUGUUCCCCAAGGGCCGUGUCAGCCCCAUCCAGGAGCUGCAGAUGACCACCGUCUUGGACAAGAACGUGCACAACCUGUCCAUUGAGGGAACCUUUGACGACUGCCAGGACAUUUUGAAAUCCAUGCUCGCCGACCCCGAAGCCAACAAGCCCAUCAACGUUGGCGCCGUCAACUCGAUCAACUGGGCUCGUAUCCUGGCCCAGAUCACGUACUACUUCCACUCAUAUUUCUCACUGGUCAAGCAAUCUUCUACUUUCAAGCUCGGCGACAAGGUUCGAUUCGUCGUGCCUACUGGCAACUUUGGAGAUAUCCUUGCUGGCUACUUUGCCAUGCGCAUGGGACUGCCUGUGGAUAAGCUAGUCAUUGCGACCAACGAAAACGACAUCUUGGACCGCUUCUGGAAAACUGGCAAGUACGAGAAGCAGCCCGCGCCGGAAGAUGGACAGGACAUCACACCCGAAGGUGUCAAGGAGACGCUCAGUCCUGCCAUGGAUAUCCUGGUGUCUAGCAAUUUCGAACGUCUAUUGUGGUUCCUAGCCUACGAGUUCGCCGCAAGCGCAGGCAUGGACGACCAGUGGAACAAGAAGCAGGCCGGUCAAGAAGUUUCCAAGUGGCUCAAGGAACUGAAAACUACUGGAUCAUUUGGCCCUGUGUACCAAGAUGUUCUGAAAUGCGCAAAGCGAGACUUUGACAGCGAGCGUGUGGAUGACAGCCAAACCCUGGAGACCAUCCAAGCUCUGUACAAGAAGGUCGGAUAUGUUUUGGACCCCCAUACCGCCGUUGGUGUUGCCGCCACUAUCAGGUCCGCCGCCAACGCCAGUCCCGACAUCCACCACAUCUCCUUGUCGACCGCCCACCCAGCCAAGUUCUCUGGAGCCGUGGAGAAGGCCCUUACCGGACAAGAGGGCUUCGACUUUGAAAACAAGGUUCUGCCCAAGGAAUUCAUUGGCCUUGACAAGAAGGAGAAGCGAGUCACAGAGGUAGAGGGAACUGUAAGCAAGGUCAGAGAGUUGGUCAAGGCCCAAGUAGAGCAGGAACUUUCGCAGGCUUAA